GUGCCUACGGAGGCCGGGCCGGCUGCGGAGCAGGGCCCGGGCAUGAGGUCCGGUGAAGACCGCAGGGCGGGCGGCGGCGGCGGCGGCGGCGACGGCGAUGAGCGACAUCGUGGAGAAGACGCUGACGGCGCUGCCGGGACUCUUCCUGCAGAACCAUUCGGCUGGGGGACCCGCGGCCGCCAAAGCGGCCUUUUCCUCGCGGCUGGGGGGCCUCGUCCGCGGCAUCACCUCGCUCACCUCCAAGCACGAGGAAGAGAAAUUAAUUCAGCAGGAGCUGAGUAAUCUGAAAGCAACUGUUUCUGCUCCUACGACAACACUGAAAAUGAUGAAGGAAUGUAUGGUGAGACUUAUAUAUUGUGAAAUGCUUGGAUAUGAUGCUUCCUUUGGCUAUAUACAUGCAAUCAAGUUGGCACAACAAGGAAACCUUUUAGAAAAAAGAGUAGGUUAUUUGGCUGUUUCCUUAUUUCUCCAUGAAAGUCAUGAGCUGUUGCUUCUCCUUGUGAAUACAGUUGUAAAGGACUUACAGAGCACUAACCUGGUGGAAGUAUGUAUGGCACUUACGGUCGUCAGCCAGAUUUUCCCUCAAGAAAUGAUUCCAGCUGUUCUUCCAUUAAUAGAAGAUAAACUUCAACAUUCUAAGGAGAUUAUUCGAAGAAAAGCUGUUCUGGCAUUGUACAAAUUCCAUCUCAUUGCUCCUAAUCAAGUACAGCAUAUCCACAUUAAGUUUCGGAAAGCACUUUGUGAUAGAGAUGUUGGGGUCAUGGCUGCUUCUUUGCACAUAUACCUUAGGAUGAUUAAGGAAAAUUCCUCUGGAUAUAAAGACUUGACUGGAAGUUUUGUUACAAUUUUGAAGCAAGUAGUUGGAGGGAAGCUCCCAGUAGAUUUCAACUACCACAGUGUGCCAGCACCAUGGCUACAAAUUCAGCUCUUGAGAAUAUUAGGACUUCUAGGGAAAGAUGACCAAAGGACAAGUGAAUUAAUGUAUGAUGUUCUUGAUGAAUCCUUACGAAGAGCUGAGUUAAAUCACAAUGUCACAUAUGCUAUUCUGUUUGAAUGUGUACAUACAGUCUAUUCUAUUUAUCCUAAAUCAGAAUUACUUGAGAAGGCUGCCAAGUGCAUUGGAAAAUUUGUUCUCUCACCUAAAAUAAAUCUCAAAUAUUUAGGACUGAAGGCUCUUACCUAUGUUAUCCAACAGGAUCCCACUUUGGCUCUUCAACACCAGAUGACAAUAAUUGAAUGCUUAGACCAUCCUGAUCCCAUUAUUAAAAGAGAGGUAAACUGUGAAACUGUAAUUGUUCUUAACACUGUGGACACAUAUGCUCCUGAUAAUGCAUGGUUUAUUCAGACAAUGAAUGCUGUGUUUUCUGUGGGAGGAGAUGUAAUGCAUCCUGAUAUUCCCAAUAACUUCCUAAGACUACUAGCAGAAGGUUUUGAUGAUGAAACUGAAGAUCAACAAUUAAGGCUUUAUGCAGUUCAGUCUUAUCUCACUUUACUAGAUGUGGAAAAUGUGUUCUAUCCACAGAGAUUUCUUCAAGUUAUGAGUUGGGUGUUAGGGGAGUAUUCCUACCUCUUAGAUAAGGAAACACCAGAGGAAGUUAUAAUUAAGCUCUACAAGUUACUUAUGAAUGACUCCAUUUCUUCAGAAACCAAAGCCUGGUUAAUUGCUGCUGUGACCAAGUUGACACCCCAAGCACACUCUUCUAACAUAGUUGAGAGGUUAAUCCAGGAAUUUACUGUAUCUUUGGAUACUUGUAUAAGACAGCAUGCAUUUGAAUUAAAACAUUUGCAUGAGAAUGUGGAACUCAUGAGGAGCUUGCUUCCAGUUGAUAAGAGUUGUGAAGACUUGGUGAUAGAUGCUUCCUUAUCUUUUCUGGAUGGUUUUGUGGCUGAAGAACUCACUCAGGGGGCAGCACCUUACAAACCUCACCACCAACGGCAGGAGGAAAAGCUUUCUCAGGAAAAAGUCCUCAAUUUUGAACCAUAUGGACUCUCAUUUUCUUCAUCUGGCUUCACUGGACGACAGUCUCCUGCUGGCAUUUCUCUUGGUUCAGAUGUAUCUGGGAAUAGUGCAGAGACAGGGCUGAAAGAGACAAAUAGCUUGAAACUGGAAGGAAUAAAGAAAUUGUGGGGGAAAGAGGGCUAUCUUCCCAAGAAGGAAGGCAAAACUGGUGAUGAAACUGAAGCUCCAUCUAUUCCUCAAGAGAGUAAAAUGAUGGAAAAUAUAGAUCAAACUAUAACAAACAGGGAUCAAUCUCAUGUCCUUGCCCAAUCUAAAGAGGAUAAAGAAAAGCAGCUGCUGGCAUCAUCGUUAUUUGUUGGGCUAGGAUCAGAAAGUACCAUCAGUUUGCUGGGAAAAGCAGAUACUGUCUCUCACAAGUUCAGAAGGAAAUCAAAAGUCAAGGAAACCAAAAGUGAAGAAACAAUCAGUGCUCAUAAUAUGAGCUGUCCUUCCUUUAGUUCUUCAUCAAGUGCAAUUUGCGAAGAUUAUUGUUUGAAUACUUUGCAGGAUAGAGAAGACAAAGAAUUAAGUACAUUUUCUCUUAAUUCAGAACUUUUGGAUUCUGAGUCACUCACAGAACUGCCCUUGGUUGAGAAACUUGCAAAUUGCAGCCUCUCUACACCUAAACCUUCUUUGUUUGCUGAUAACAUGGAAAUUUUUCACCCUCCUCAAGCCACUGCAGCCUCUGUUGCCAGUGAAAUCUCUUUAGCUUCUUCCUUGUUGGAAGAUACUACUGAGCACAUGUAUUCGGAUGUUGUAGAGGUCUGUAAUAAUGAAACCAUAUCAGUAUCUUCUUACAAAAUUUGGAAGGAGGAUUGUUUAUUGAUUGUCUGGUUAGUUUCUAAUAAGAGUGGUUCGGAAUUGAAAAGUGCUAACUUAGAAAUUGCUCCUGCAGAAAAUUUCCAGAUCACUGAGCAACCUGGAUGCUGCUUGCCUGUAAGAGAAGCAGAAAGCACCAAAAACUUUCAGUAUAGUGUGCAGAUGGAAAAACCUUUUACAGAAGGCAGUCUUACUGGUUUUAUAAAUUACCAAAUGAUGGACACUCAUUCUGUUCAGCUUGAAUUUUCAGUAAACUUAUCACUAUUAGAUUUCAUUAGACCAUUGAAAAUCUCAACUGAAAACUUUGGCAAACUCUGGUUGUCCUACGCAAAUGAUGUGAAGCAAAAUGUAAAAAUGUCAGAAUCUCAAGCUGCUCUGCCUUCUGUCCUGAGGACCCUGCAACAGGAACUAAGACUUCAUGUUGUUGAAAUUAUAGGUAAUGAAGGGCUGUUGGCUUGUCAGCUGCUUCCAUCCAUCCCCUGCUUGCUACAUUUCCGAGUUCAUGGUGAUGUAUUAGCCCUGUGGUUCAGAUCUUCCUGCUCUACUCUUCCUGACUAUUUACUGUAUCAAUGUCAAAAGGUGAUGGAGGGAUCCUAGCAGCAGCUGUGCUUAUAUUUUACUGCAUCAAAAUAAAUGGUUUACAUAGAUAAAUUUAUUUACCAAAGUAAAAAGUACUCAUGGUACUGCUGAUGAAAUAGGGAUUAUUACAAACUAUUGUUUUAAUGUGUUUUCUUUAUUCCUGAUCAAGAAACUUCCCCCAAAAACUGUAUCCUUAACUUUUUACUCAGGAUUGUACAGUAUGUUUAGGUCCCAAAAAGUGACCUAAGCUAAUGUUAUAAACAGCUAUUGAUUUAUAUAUCACUUGGUGUAGAGGGACUGAAAAUAUUUAUUUUGUUAUAAGUGAUUUUAUAGCAAAUAUACUCUAAUGCUACCUGAUUGGUGGUAAAGCCAAGACUCAGUUCUCUGCAUUGUUAGAGACGAGACAUGGAAUUGAUAAUCCCAAACCUAAUUCAUAUUUGGCUUUGGAGUGCAGUGUAUGCUUUUUGGUAGGAAGUCAUUACUUUCAAGUAUGUUUAGCUUAGAUUAGUGUUGAACUAAGUUGGCACAGCACACACUAACAGUUCAGGAGAUCUGUGAGCAUGCUAGAUAUUGGGGGGAUGCAAUCUCUGAUACAGCUUUUACAAAUAAUUGCAUAUAAUUUGGCUACAAAAUUUGUUUUCCACUUGCAUUUGUUAUUAAAUUCAGAAUUUAGAGUGAAUCACUUCAUUCUUAUUUUAAAAAUUCAGUUAUUUACAUAAUAUUAUCAUACAGAAACAAAACUCUAUAAGAGCACACAAUAGUAAAGCACACAGAUGUAAAAGGACUUUCUAGUUAUGGCAGAUAUCUUAGUCAGUUACCGCUUGGGUCCUUUGACAACUUAAAAUUUGUAAUUAGAGUGUAAAUGACAAAACCAUCCUUCCUGUCCUUUAAAUACAAUACUCCCCAUGGAUACAGCUGAAGCCGUGACUAAGUGGAUCAUACAGGGUCUUCAGUACAAUAUAUUAUUUUCAUGUUAUAGCUGUCCCUGUUUGGCUUCUGUCAGAACUAUUAUCAGUGAAAGAAGAGGGUAAGCCUAAUAUGAAUGAUGGACUGGAAUUUUGAGAUUGUAUAUUAAUGUUAAAAACUGAAAUAGUAUUUUAUAAAACCUAUGGUGCUGUGGAAAAUAUUUCUUAUUUCACUUUUUCUGACACUUCACCAUGGAAACUAUUUGGAUAAUAUAAUUUUAAGUCAUUGCCGUUAAUACUCUGGUUAAUCGGUACUUUUUGUCACCCAGGUGUGGAAUUCUAAUUUAAGUUACCAUUAAUCAUAGCUGAUAAAGAUGCUAAAGGGAUUCCCUAGAGCUGGUAGGUUUCAUUAGUCAUUUGUGUCUAGUGUAUUCCUCCCUAAAAACAAAAGCAGUGUUUUUAAAAGUUAAUCUUUAAGUUACUGAUUUAAAACAAAUGUAAUACCUAGUGAUUUCAUGCCUUUAAAAACAUAACACCGUAAAACCUUGCUACAAGAGCAAUGAUAAGUGACUGGGAUUUCCUGUAUAGGUCUCUCCUUUUCAGUAGAAGAUCAGAAGAUCAGAUUCAUCUUCAAGCUCCCAACAGUGCCAUGGUGAAGGGAAUGUGCUGUCACUGGGAGUGUGGACCCUGGUGGCUAGACUCAUCAGCUUCCGCGUUAUUCCUACCUCUGUUAGCAGAACCCCCUCGCCCACCUGAUUCUGCUAUUAUCUGACAAAGAGACAGGAAGUGCCUUCUCACUUUGUGGAGGAAUGCAGUGUGUGGCAAAGAAGGUGCUCCAGGUUUUUGUGUCCUUACUUGUGUGUGUUUGGGUGAUCGCCAAAGCUGGGUCAGGUGGGGAGCAGUGGGAAUAAGGUGCCCAGCAGGCAGAUGGGCAGCUCUUUGGGAGAGAUUACAAUGAGCUGCUGUGCUACUGUGUUGCAAGGGUAUUCAUGAGUGGCAGCAGGUUGUCAUGAAAGAAAUGCUUGGCUGACAAAACUGUGUAAUGGUGGAAGAUAGGUAAUGGCAGGUUAGGCCUGGGAGCAUGGGGUCUUCUAGAGGGAAUGUGGUGUCACUCUUGUUUUUUCUGAACCCACUAAAUAAAAAUUAGGGUAGCAAGGUUUAUACUGAAAUGUUCAGUGGAAUGUUUACAAUUUUUAUAUUUUUAUGGUUUUAAAAACAAAUAGUAAUAGUAAGACAGAGUAGAUUUUAAAGAAUAUCACAGCAGUUAUAUUCUGCCUAAACUAACUCAAUGUUUUAAGUUCUAAGUCAGGCACCACCAUCUUUUUUUACAUUGUAGAUAUUUUUGUGGAUGGGUCAUCUCUACCUUAUAGUCAUAAUUUAGCCAAGUGAAAGGUCAGCAUCUGGAGUAAAAGCGGUGGUGGGUGUGCUACCCAACUGUGUGAGUUCUGUCCUGGGCAUCUGCCCUGACAGUGCAGGUGGCAGCAGGUGUGAAUUGGGUAGAAUAAAGGCAGACAAGACAGAAAAGCCUUAAGAACAGGUGAAGGAAGAAGGAUCAGGCUCCCACCAGCAUAGUCCGUGUGGAGGCAGGCAGGUCAGGCUUGGGAAAGCGGAUCCUGAGCAAGAGUCCUUCUAAGGGAAGUGUAGAUAAGCUGAGCAGUUACCAAGUGCUAAGUGCCAAGCAUGCCACAGCGUAGGCUGAGGAAGAGCAUUAUUUUAAACAAUACUGUACUGUCAUCUACCAAAACAAUUGUGGUGAAAAUGCAGUAUUUUAUUUUUUCCUUUAUUUUAUGUUAGUAAUACUUUAAAAUAUUGAGCUCUUUGUCUUGUUUCUUAUUGAUAAAUGUGGUCUUUUAUGAUUAUGAGCCACUGAAAGUGUACUGAACCUAGACACGUCUUUAAGAUGUUUUGCUGUGUUAAAAUAUUAGGAAGGAAAAAUACAAGUGAAUAACAGGCAUUAAUUACCUUAUUUUGGAGUUGAAUUCUGUAAUUUGAAAAAAUUCAUUUAAACAUGUAAUAAAUACAAAGUGAUCUAUACUGUU